AUGGGAGGAGCCCAAAGUUCAGCCAAGGGACAUGGUUAUCAUGUAUUAAGGGUUCAAGAAAAUUCUCCUAGUCAGCAAGCAGGAAUAGAAUCAUUUUUCGAUUAUAUAGUUGGAAUUAAUGGGAUACCGCUGGAUAGCGAAGCCCCCAUACUUCAAGAGCAGCUACUUUUAAAUGUCGAUAAGGAAGUAGUGUUGUUAGUUUAUUCCACUAAAGAGCAGGUGUACAGAGAGGUAUUUUUGACUCCGAGUAAAAACUGGACAAAAGAUUCCGAGAAUGGACUGAUUGUAUUCGAUAUUGCUUAUACGAGGCAAGUUCAGAGUAUUAAUGAACAUGUUUGGCAUAUACUGGACAUAUCACCAAACAGCCCUGCAGAAAUGGCUGGACUACAUCCUUCAACGGAUUACAUUAUUGGAACACCACACGAGACGUUACGUAGUGAAAAUGAUUUAUACGAUCUGAUAGAUGAUUAUUUAGGAAAGCCCCUUCGUCUUUACGUGUAUAAUUCAAAUUUUGAUGUUUGCCGAGAGGUCAUCAUUGUACCCAAUCAAGAAUGGGGUGGUGAAGGAUCUUUGGGAUGUGGAGUUGGUUACGGAUAUCUGCAUAGAAUUCCAAAAACGCAUAAACAUCAACCUCUCAGGAAAAACUUUGAAUCAAUGUGGAAGCUGUCUUCAUUUCCGCUUCUUGGUUUCACAUCUGACCCAGUAUCCCCGCAGUUAAACGCUGAUGAUUCGGAUGCGGUACCAUCCACAUUUGUUCCUUUCGAUUCUAACAUCACAGCGUCAACAUCCAUCAUUCAACCCUAUCACCUGAACCAACAAUCUGGUGAGGGCACCAAACAAGGACCAAUUGAGAGUGGUAACCUUGAAAAACCUCCACCAAAUGAAACUGUCCUGAAAAAUGUUGAUGAAAUUUCGGAACAUGAUAAAUCAAUUUCAGGCAAUGAAGAGAAAGUUCCUGACAAAGAGGAAAGCUAA